UCUCGUUCUUCCGCAACCGGUGGACUGUUGUUUAUUUGCUUCUGCAACUAAACUGCCAUAGGCACUGCAAGCCAGGAAAAGAAAAGUGAGAGUGUGGUUGCCCCGUUCUUUUAGCACACCGCGAGAAAGGAGGAAUCGGAAUCGGAAAACCGUUCGGUGCAACGAAAGCUUGGCUCGUUACGCGCAAGUUCACGGUCACGGUCAGGUUACAGCCAGGAAAUUUUUUUUGUGAAGUGUGCGUACGUACGUGUGUUUUGAGAGUAAAGCGAGUGAAAGUGAAAUUCAUCGAUCGAGGCGUGUUUGGAAUUAUGCUGCAAACGACGAAAAUGGUACGGAUCGCCUUAACCGUGCUCGUUUGCAUCGCGGGAAGUUUCGCCGCUGUCCCGUCCGCCAUUAAAGUAUGCUCGAGGAACGAUCCCGACCUUAACCGUUGUAUCAUCGAGUCCGUGAACGAUCUGCGGCCGCGGCUGGCGACGGGCAAAAUUUCCGAUGAGUUCCGAAUUCCCCCGCUGGAACCGCUCGCCCUGUCCACUGUCAACAUGGACCGCGGGGCAGAGUUUAAGGCCACCUUCAGCGAACUGCUCGUGUCCGGGCCGAGCAAGUUCAAGAUCGACAACUUGAAGGUAAACAUGGAAAAGCUGAUCUUCGACUUUAACAUCUUCCUACCGAAGCUGUCCUUCAAGGGAAAGUAUGACCUUAAGAUCAAGCUGCUACUGCUGAACAUUGCUGGCGUUGGUGAACUUACCGGAAUUAUCGAAAAUAAUCAGGCGCGUGUGAAGCUGAUGUGCGAGAAGUACACCAAGGACGGUAAGGAGUAUGUGGGCGUGAAGAAGCUGCUGGUGCGCAUCCAGAUCGAGAAGGGCCGUUUCGACAUGAAGGACCUCUUCCGUGGCGAUCCCGUCCUCAGUCAAGCCGGCAACCAGUUCAUCAACGAGAACUCGCGACUCUUCCUGGACGAGCUGACACCCGGACUGGAGCGCAGCCUUUCGGACACCUUCAAGACAACGGCCAACGAGAUCAUGCAGCAGGCCACAUUCGACGAGAUCUUCCCGGCGUAAGGCGGGCUCUGCCUUACAGACGUGAGUGAGUGAUGAUCUGUGAUUUAGGGUGUGCACGGGUCGUUUCAUAUGUCACCUCCAAGAGAUGACAAACUGAUGCGCGGUGCGCAUUCGUUCGUGUAGCAUUAGUGAUGUACCUUCGUAGCACUGUAGCACAGCAUGUCCAAUACCGUGAGCGGUACUCCAACCCGGGCCGGGGGUUCAAAAUGGUUGUUUUUUUGCAAUAAACUUAGUAUCGUGGAAAUGCGCUUCAUCGAGCACACAACUGCUUGGAAGCGGAAGUAACUGUA